AUGGUGGACUUUGUGGCCUUUAUAGCUGUGACUGUUUUCAUUUUUGAUGGUCUGGAUGAGUCUCGACUUCCUCUAGACUUCAAAAACAAUGAGAAGUGCUGUGAUGUCACGAAGCCAACCUCAGUGGACGUGCUGCUGACAAACCUCAUCGAGGGGAAUCUGCUUCCCUCUGCUCUCCUCUGGAUAACCUCACGGCCUGCAGCAGCCAAUCAGAUCCCUCCUGAGUGUGUUGACCAGGUGACAGAGGUACGAGGGUUCAAUGAUCCACAGAAGGAGGAGUACUUCAGGAAGAAAAUCACAGAUCAGAAUAUGGCCAAUGAAAUCACCAAACACAUGAAGACAUCAAGGAGCCUCCACAUCAUGUGCCACAUGCCAGUAUUCUGUUGGAUAUCAGCCACUGUCCUUGAGAUGAUCCUGAAAGAGGCAGAGAAGGAUGAAGUCCCCAAAACUCUGACCCAGAUGUACUCACACKUCAUACUCAUCCAAAUCAUUGUGAAGAACAGGAAGUACAACAAAGCCACAGAGACAAACUCAAAGGAACUGUCUCAGUCAGACAAAGAGAUGAUCCUGAAACUGGCAAAGCUGGCUUUCCAACARCUGCAGAAGGGCAACCUGAUCUUCUAUGAGGAGGACCUGAGAGAGUGUGGCCUUGAUGUCACAGAGGCAUCAGAGUACUCAGCAUUGUGUACAGAGAUCUUUAAAGAAGAAUCUGGGCUGUACCAAGAGAAGGUCUACAGCUUUGUGCAUCUGAGCAUUCAGGAGUUUCUAGCAGCAGUGCAUGCUUUAGAAUCAUGUCUGGACAAGAAGGAACAUGUUUUCUCCCCCACUAGUGAUGAUGAAGAGAAGGAGUCAAUCCAGUUGUCUGACUUACACAGGAGCGCAGUGGACCAGGCCUUGAAGAGUGAGAAUGGACACCUGGACCUGUUCCUCCGCUUCCUUCUGGGUCUCUCACUGGCGUCCAAUCAGAAUCUGUUAAGAGGCCUUCUGACACAGACAGGAAGUACAACACAGAGCAAUGAGGAAAUAGUUGAGAGAACAGUCAGGUACCUUUCAGACAAGAUCAAAAGGGAAUCCUCACCAGAAAGGAUCAUCAACUUGUUCCACUGUCUGAAUGAACUUGGUGCCAACUCUCUAGUUGAAAACAUGCAGACCUCCAUGCGAUCAGGAACUCUUUCAGAAACAGAGCUAAAACCUAACCAAUGUUCAGCCCUGGCCUACCUGUUACUGAUGUCAGAGGAGGUGCUGGAGGAGUUUGACCUGAAGACAUACAACACAUCAGAGAAAGGUUAUCAGAGGUUGCAGCCGGUAGUGAAAACCUGCAAGAGAGCACUACUGGAUCACUGUAAGCUCACAUAUACAUUCUGUGAGACUCUGACCUCAGCUCUGCAGACACCAAACUCCCCCCUGAGAGAACUGGACCUCAGCUACAAUGACCUGGAAGACAGAGGAGUGGAGCUGCUCUGUGUUGGACUAACCAGUCCACUCUGCAACAUACAG